AUGGAUGAUACCAUUGUUUCAGGCCACUUGGUAACGCUGGGUGUCGUGGAUAGCAUGAAGUCACGUAGCAGGGCGGCGGUCAAAGUGGAAGUUAAUCUUGGAGGCCCCGCCCUCGUCACCUGCCGGUCGUCCCAGAAGUGGAUGACGUGGCAGCGGCGUCGCUGCGGGCGUUAUCGGCAGGCAGCUUCUUCGGGCUUAUCUCCCCUGGCGUCGCCCGCGUUUGCGACGUUGAAGCCACUUGCUGGCACCGCGCUCGAGUGUGAGAUGGAGCAAGGAAAAAAUCAUGACGUCAACCCGAAGUUGACAGCAAAUCCACUUUCGCUGCUGGUUUUCUGGUGGCUGAAAGAUCUCUUCUGGAAGGGCACCAAGAAGGAUUUGGACUACUCCGACCUGUAUGACACGCUGCCUGUCCACAAGUCCAUAGUGCUGGGACACAAACUUGAACGGGUGAUGGGCCCGGUGCUGCUGAAGCUGCUGGUGCAGCACUUCGGGCCCGACGCGACCAGCUCGUGGGGGGAGGCGAGCCGCCACGCGGCGGGGCUGGUGCUGUGCGGGCUGACGGCCGCCGUGCUGGGGCACCACUGCAACUGCGGCAACCUGGCCCUGGGCAUGGCGGUGCGGGCGGCCUGCUGCUCGCUCGUCUACAGGAAGACUCUCCACGUCAGCAAGACGGCGCUGGGCCAGACGACGAGCGUGCAGCUGGUGGAAGUGCUGUCCUCGGACCUGAAGCGCUUCGAGCAGUCGACCUUCUUCCUGCACUACGUGUGGAUCGCGCCGGUGCAGGCGGCAGUCGUGGCCGCCAUCGCCUGGCGGUCCGUCGGAGCCUCGGCUCUGAUCGGCGUCGGCGCCAUCUUCCUGCAGACCGUCCCCGUACAGAUUAUGAUAAGCAAGUGCACAGCUGGGCUACGCAGAAAAAUCACGUCCCAGACUGGCGAGAGGGUUGGGCUGAUAAAAGACGUCAUCAACGGCAUGCAGUCCAUCAAGAUACUGGCCUGGGAGACACACAUAGAGAAGCUGAUCGACUUGGCCAGAAGGAGAGAGACGGACCUCAUGCUGAAGGCCUCCCACCUGCGGGGUCUCGCCGUGUCCUUCAUAGUGCUGCCCGAGCGCGUGGCGCUGUUCCUGACGCUGGGCGCCUACGUGCUGCUGGGCAACCACGACAUCACGGCCGACAAGGUUUUCUCCAUCGCAGCUUUCUACCACAUUCUCAACAGAAAUAUGGCAAUUCGAUUUCCAAACGCGGUGCAAAUAGCGUCGGAAACUAUGAAUUCAAUCAAAAGAAUACAGAAAUAUUUACUGGAAAAAGAAUUUGAAUCCAAGGCCACAUGUGCAAGCAGACACGGAACUGUGCACGGCGAGAAAGCAGACGUGACGUUAGUCGACGCUACGGCCAGGUGGACUUCAAGCGCGAUAUGCGAGACAAUAUUCAAGAUAUCCUUGAGCGUGAAGCAUGGGAAACUAUGCGCUGUGAUUGGUCCUCCUGGUUCUGGGAAGAGCUCGCUGCUGCAAGCCGUGCUGGGGGAGCUGCCCCUAUCGAGCGGCGCGGCGGCGGUCGGCGGGGACAUCUCGUACGCCUCGCAGGAGCCGUGGUUGUUCGUGGGCUCGGUGCGCCAGAACAUCCUGCUGGGCCGGCCCUACGAGCCCAGGAGGUACAAGGAGGUCGUCAGAGUGUGUGCACUGCAGAGGGACUUCGAGCUGCUGCCCGACGGCGACAAGACCAUCAUCGGCGAGAAGGGCGCGUCUCUGGGCCCGGGGCAGAGGGCGAGGAUCAACCUGGCGAGAGCAGUUUACCGCAAGUCAGACAUAUACUUGCUUGACGAUCCCCUGUCGACCAUAGACAGUCAUAUCGGUCAGCACAUACUUGAAGACUGUAUAUAUUCAUACCUACAUAAGAAGACGAGGAUAAUCGUCACCAGUCAGCUUCAGUGCGUGGAAAGAGCUGAUCAUAUCGUGGUGAUGAACAACGGGCAGAUUGAGAUUCAAGGAACUUAUCAAGAGCUUCAAGCCAGCAAGCUCAACUUUGAGACUAUUUUAACCAAAAACGAAGUAGAGGUGGAAGAACACAUUCACGAUUCCUUAACGAGAGAAAUAUCUUACAUUUCCACUCAGAGCAGCGCGGGCGGCGAUGAAGACGAAGAGGCGGACGUCGCGGGAGGCGGCGAGGCCUCGGAGUCCCCGUUCCUCGGCGACAGGGCGGCGGCGGCGCGCGCCGGCUGGCUGCGGUCCGGGGGCGGAGCCGCUCGCCUCGCGGGGCUGGCGCUGCUGCUGCUGCUGUGCCAGGCCGCCGCCUCGGGCUCCGACUACUGGGUCGCCUUCUGGACCAAGCAGGAGGAGGUGAGAGGCCUGUACGAGGAGUUCCGCCCCGACGACGCCAACAGCUCCCUGGCGGGAGGGCGGUUGGAGGCGGCGGGAGCCGCACCGCCGCCGGACCUCUCCCGCGACCUGGCCAACGGCACGGGCAGCUCCUUCUCUCAGCCGCCGCCGGGCCGGGAGGCGCUGCUGUGCGUGUUCGCAAGCUGCGUGGCGGCCACGGCGCUGCUGACGGCGGGCAGGUCUCUGCUGCUGGGCGCAGCCUGCGUGGCAGCGGCCCGACGGCUGCACGCGGACCUGUGUCGCGCGCUGCUGCGGGCUCCGCUGGGCUUCUUCCGCCGCGUGCCGCCAGCAUUUGGCUGCGAGUAA